AUGAAACCGUACAACUUGACAGGUUCAUUGUCUCCCAGUGUAUUCCUGGUGUCUUUGGCAUUUCUAGUAUGUACCCUUUGGCUGGUAGCUCUAUGUGGUGUCUGCACGUGGUGUCAGCGUAAACUGGGAAAAAGGAAUAAGCCCGGCGUGGAAGCUGCCAAUUCUCCAGAGUCUGUGAGAGGUCGAGGGGAAAAUAAAGCUAUCAAUGAUCUUGACAGAGACUUUUGGAAUAACAAUGACAGCAGCAAUGUGCAACAGAGGUGGAGCUCCUACCCACCAAAGGAGUUUCUCUUAAACAUGUCUCCCUAUGCUCCCUAUGGAGACCCUCGCCUCACACCCAAUGAGGGGAAGAUGGUUGUUUUGUCUCUAGCAAUUGGACUGGCCGAACAAGAUGACUUCGCUAAUCUCCCUGACCUACAGGAAGCGCCAGCAAGCAUAGAGAAUGAAAUCACACCAGAGAAGAGGACUCCGGGUAACAAACCAGGCAGCAGCCCUAGAGGUCACACCCCAGAUGAGAGUGGACGCCGCCAGGGCUCGGGCCACGAUGCCAACUCAUCCGUCUCCGAUUUAGCCAACUCGGUCACCAGUGAAAUGCUCAUGCUGUCUCCAGGUUCAGAAGAAGAUGACCACGAGGGUCCAGUAUGUGAGAAGUUGGGUCGCAUUCAGUUCAGUGUGGGAUACAGCUUCCAGGACUCUACCCUCACUGUCAAAAUCCUCAAGGGCCAGGAAUUGCCUGCCAAGGACUUUUCUGGUACUUCUGACCCCUUUGUCAAACUGUACCUGCUGCCUGACAAAAAGCACAAACUGGAGACCAAAGUGAAGAGGAAGAAUCUGAAUCCACAUUGGAAUGAGACCUUUCUGUUUGAAGGGUUCCCUUUUGACAAAGUGGUCCAGAGAACUCUAUACCUGCAGGUGCUCGAUUACGAUCGCUUCAGUAGGAAUGACCCCAUCGGAGAGGUGUCCAUCCCCCUCAAUAAAUUGGAUCUGGCCAACAUGCAGACUUUCUGGAAGGAGUUGAAACCGUGUAGCGAUGGGAGUGGAAGCAGAGGGGAUCUGUUGGUGUCUUUGUGCUACAACCCUACUGCCAACACUAUCACUGUGAGCAUUGUCAAAGCCCGUAACCUCAAAGCCAUGGACAUUGGAGGCACUUCUGACCCCUAUGUGAAGGUGUGGUUGAUGAACAAGGACAAGCGUGUGGAGAAGAAGAAGACAGUGGUAAUGAAGCGUUGUCUCAACCCUGUUUUCAAUGAGUCCUUUCCCUUCGACGUCCCUGCCCACGUGCUAAGGGAGACCACCAUAAUUAUCACUGUCAUGGACAAGGACAAGCUUAGUCGCAAUGAUGUCAUUGGAAAGAUUUAUCUCUCAUGGAAGAGUGGCCCCGCGGAGGUAAAACAUUGGAAAGACAUGAUGGGUCACCCUCGCACUGCCGUGGCCCAGUGGCAUGCACUCAAGGCCUGA